UUCCUGGUUAACAAAUUUCAAAAAAUUAGUUAAAAUCAAUAAUAAUCCCGAUUUGUUACCUUGCUUAAAUGGAUUACGAGUACUCAGUAUGUUUUGGAUUAUUCAUGGCCAUGAAAUUACAAUUUUGUUGAAAAGUACUAUUUUUAAUUCUAACGAUGCUGCAGAUUGGCUUACACGCUGGUGGGCGUUAUUCACAUUUUCCAGCUCUGUAUCUGUGGAUACAUUUUUCUUCCUGGGUGGAAUACUUCUAAUGUAUGGUUUUCUCAAUGCGAAGGCCAAAAAAAUUCCUUUUGAUAUUACUGUAUUCUAUAUUCACCGAUAUCUCAGAUUAACUCCUGCAUAUGCAGCUGUUAUAAUCCUGUAUAUGACCUUUUUCAUAAAACUUGGUACGGGUCCUAAUUGGAAAACAGCUAAUCAAGGAUUUCAAAAUGAAUGUAAGGAGUAUUGGUGGUCAAGUUUGUUAUACAUUCAGAACUUUGUAAAUCCUGAAAAUCGUUGUAUCAGCCAAACAUGGUAUUUAUCUGUCGAUAUGCAGUUAUACAUAUUGUCUCCAUUAAUAUUAAUACCUAUUGGUAAAUGGCCCAAAAUCACUCCAUAUUUUUUUGUCGUUCUUGUAGUGUUAUUUACAGUCAUUCCUACAUGGGUAGCAUGGCAUUUUGAAAUACCUGCACUGGCGAUGAUGGCAGAUAUUCCUAACUGGCAUUUCAUAUAUUAUGCGCAAGUACAUACCAGAGCUGGUCCAUGGAUUAUUGGUUUAGUAAUGGGAUACAUUUUGUUUCAAACAAAGCACAAAAAAUGUCGAAUGAAUAAGAUUAUAGUGUCUUUAUUGUGGUUUUUAACAGCAGUAGUCAUGUUGUAUAUCAUUUUCGGAAAUUAUCCAGCGUUAGAUGACAAUUUUCACUAUAGCAAAUUGUACAAUUCCUUGUUUAUUGGAUUGCAUCGAAAUUUAUGGGCUUUAGGAUUAAGUUGGAUAGUGUUUGCUUGUAUACACGGCUACGGAGGUCCAGUGAAUUGGAUUUUGUCUUUAUCAGUAUUCCAAUUUCUUGCAAAAAUUACAUAUUGUUUAUAUUUAAUACAUAAAGCUAUACAGUACUAUAAUCGUGGCAUUGUUAGAGUACCAAUCAUCUUCUCGAAUUAUACGAUCUUAAAGUCAUUCUUCAGUACCACCUGCUUAAGUAUCUUAAUUGCGAUUAUUUGGGUGUUGUGUUUUGAAGCACCAUUUGUCGUAAUAGAUGGAGUCAUAACAAAAGCAGUUUUAAGUUUGUGGAAGAAAGCAACUCCUAAGAAGGAAUUGAAACAAGAAACUUGA